CCCGGCAGAGUGACGGACAGCAUCAGCCAAUAGCAUCAUGGGGAAGGUGGAGCAGCUCCUCGAGAACGCCCACAUUCCUACCCCUUACUAAAUAUUCAUGAAAAGCUAGUUGUGGGAUCCGCACGCCGCUGCCGGCGGCCGCCAUGAAGCUCAACGUGGACGGGCUGCUGGUCUACUUCCCGUACGACUACAUCUACCCGGAGCAGUUCUCCUAUAUGCUUGAGCUCAAGCGCACGCUGGACGCCAAGGGUCAUGGAGUCCUGGAGAUGCCCUCAGGUACUGGGAAGACAGUGUCUCUGCUAGCCCUGAUCAUGGCCUACCAGCGGGCAUAUCCACUGGAGGUGACCAAACUCAUCUACUGCUCGAGGACUGUGCCUGAGAUUGAGAAGGUGAUCGAAGAGCUGCGCAAGUUGCUCAGCUUCUACGAGAAGCAGGAGGGGGAGAAGCUGUCAUUUUUGGGGCUGGCUUUGAGUUCCCGCAAGAACCUGUGUAUUCAUCCCGAGGUGACACCUCUGCGCUUUGGGAAGGAUGUGGACGGGAAAUGCCACAGCCUCACAGCCUCCUACGUGCGCGCGCAGUAUCAGCAGGAUACCAGCAUGCCCCACUGCCGCUUCUAUGAGGAGUUUGAUGCCCAUGGGCGCCAGGUUCCCCUCCCUGCUGGCAUCUAUAACCUUGAUGACCUGAAGGCUCUGGGGCAGCGUCAGGGUUGGUGCCCAUACUUCCUGGCCCGCUACUCGAUCCUGCACGCCAAUGUGGUGGUAUACAGCUACCACUACCUCCUGGACCCCAAGAUUGCUGACCUAGUGUCCAAGGAGCUGGCCCGCAAGGCCGUCGUGGUCUUUGAUGAGGCCCACAACAUCGACAAUGUCUGCAUCGACUCCAUGAGCGUCAACCUCACUCGCCGCACCCUCGACCGAUGCCAGGCCAACCUGGACACCCUGCAGAAGACGGUGCUCAGGAUCAAGGAGACAGAUGAGCAGCGGCUGCGGGAUGAGUACCGGCGGCUGGUAGAAGGGCUGCGGGAGGCCAGCGUAGCCCGGGAGACAGAUGCCCACCUGGCCAACCCCGUGCUGCCCGAUGAGGUGCUGCAGGAGGCGGUCCCUGGCUCCAUCCGCACGGCCGAGCACUUCCUGGGCUUCCUGCGGCGGCUGCUGGAGUUUGUCAAGUGGCGGCUGCGCGUGCAGCACGUGGUGCAGGAGAGUCCCCCCGCCUUCCUCAGCAGCCUGGCCCAGCGCGUGUGCAUCCAGCGUAAGCCCCUCAGAUUCUGUGCUGAGCGCCUCCGCUCCCUCCUGCAUACCUUGGAGAUCGCAGACCUUGCCGACUUCUCGCCACUCACCCUCCUCGCUAACUUCGCCACCCUCGUCAGCACCUAUGCCAAGGGGUUCACCAUCAUCAUUGAGCCCUUCGACGACAGGACCCCGACUAUUGCCAACCCUGUCCUGCACUUCAGCUGCAUGGAUGCCUCGCUGGCCAUUAAACCUGUGUUCGAGCGCUUCCAGUCUGUCAUCAUCACCUCUGGGACACUAUCCCCGCUGGACAUCUACCCCAAGAUCUUGGACUUCCACCCCGUCACCAUGGCAACCUUCACCAUGACGUUGGCCCGGGUCUGCCUCUGCCCCAUGAUCAUCGGCCGCGGGAAUGACCAGGUGGCCAUCAGCUCCAAAUUCGAGACCCGGGAAGAUAUUGCGGUGAUCCGAAACUACGGGAACCUCCUGCUGGAGAUGUCGGCCGUGGUCCCCGACGGCAUUGUGGCCUUCUUCACCAGCUACCAGUACAUGGAGAGCACCGUGGCCUCCUGGUACGAGCAGGGUAUCCUGGAAAACAUCCAGAGGAACAAGCUGCUGUUCAUUGAGACCCAGGAUGGGGCUGAGACCAGCGUCGCCCUGGAGAAGUACCAGGAGGCCUGCGAGAAUGGCCGUGGGGCCAUCCUGCUGUCUGUGGCCCGUGGCAAGGUGUCCGAGGGCAUCGACUUUGUGCACCACUACGGGCGGGCUGUCAUCAUGUUUGGCGUCCCCUACGUCUACACCCAGAGCCGCAUCCUCAAGGCGCGACUGGAGUACCUGCGGGACCAGUUCCAGAUCCGAGAGAACGACUUCCUCACCUUCGACGCCAUGCGCCAUGCGGCCCAGUGUGUGGGCCGAGCCAUCCGGGGCAAGACAGACUACGGCCUCAUGGUCUUUGCCGACAAGCGCUUUGCCCGGGCAGACAAACGGGGGAAGCUGCCGCGCUGGAUCCAGGAGCACCUCACCGACGCCAACCUCAACCUCACGGUUGAUGAGGGAGUCCAGGUGGCCAAGUACUUCCUGAGGCAGAUGGCACAGCCCUUCCACCAGGAGGACCAGCUGGGCCUGUCCCUGCUUAGCCUGGAGCAGCUGGAGUCAGAGGAGAUGCUGCGGAGGAUAGAGCAGAUCGCUCAGCAGCUGUGAGGGCAGGCGCAGCACGGAGGCGUCCAGCGCAGGGGCCAAAGAAGAGACAUGUGAGCCCCAGGAAUGUGGGGCCCCGCCCUUGCAGAGAGGACACAAGAGCCCCCUUAGCAGGACGUGCUGCAGACUGUGCCUAUAUCAGGGCUCUCUGGGCCUCAGGCAGCACUCACCCCGCCACCCCUGAAGCGCCCUCGCCCCGGAGCCGGGAGACCAGCUUCUCACUGCCCCGCCGGAUGGAUUCCCGAAGCUUGGAGAAGGAGCUGCUCCGAGGCAGGGCCUGCGGAUGGUGUGGGGGGCACUGGUCGGUUCCACCACCUAGGCACGAUCAGUUUCCACCCCGGAGCCCAAGCUGAGCCCUUCCUCACCUGCUGUUUCCCAUCACUAGCUGUGCCUGGGCUGGGAGCUCCUGAGGGAACAUAAGGCGAUGUGAGGUGGGGACAAGGCCCAGAAACCCCUUGGGCGGCGGCAAGAAGGGUGUGGCUCACCCAGUGGGGCGCGCAGGUCCUCAGGGCGGAGGAUCUCCUUGUACAGCUCCUCGGCCUGCUGGUACUUGUUCUGCUUCAGGUAGGCAGAGGCCUAUGGAGGGCAGGGUGGGCACUGUGGCCUCUCAGGACUCUCAGGACCCCUGCCCAGCAAGUACCUCCUCCUCAGGGGGAAGCCAGGCUCCCUAACCCCCUACAGCAGACACCCCACCCGUGUGGGCUGGAGCCUUGCUGGACUCUGUGCCUGAGGGACCAGGGCAGGUGGAUUCCUGUCGCUCUUCUCCAUUGGCCAGUGACACACCUCAGUGCCUCAGUCUCCUCCUGUGCCAGCUGGUCGUGACCAUAGCUCCACCUCAGAGGGUGAAGGGCUAAGGAUGGGACUACCCAUUGUGAACUAAUAAAGAUCUGGGCCGCACUGUCCUGGCCACCUUGCUA